AUGCAGAGUCAGCAGUGGUUUGAAGGCGACUCGACAUCGUUAAUAGACGGAUCAACUAAUAGGACGCUAAGUAAUUCCAAUAGACUGAAUCAAAUAAAUGAGCAAGAUCAGAUCAAUGAGCGUGCCAGGCAAUUGCUAGAGAGGACGAGGGAGAGGAGAGACAGGCUUCUACGGCGAGGUGUUGAUGUGUUGGCUACAAGACCGUCGAUAUCGCAACCACCAUUGGAAGUGGCAGCUCGAUAUCUCAGUGGUGGACCAGUCACACCUGAUAGAAAUCGUCGUGACUUAAUAAAUGAGAGGUAUGACCGUGAUGAUGAUGGUUUUAAUUAUGACGUUCAAAGGGACGACGAUGUGAGUGAACGAUAUAUGCCUAGGUGGGAGAAGCAAUCACCACAUAAAGUAAUUAAAAGAGCCAAAAAUAAACGAAAGAAACAAAGGAUCAAUAAAGAGAUUCAAAGUAAGAUUGACUCUAUGAAGUCGCAUAUGGAAGAAGCCAAGUCGUACACAAAGCCAAGCAAUCUUGCAUUAUAUGAGAUACGGAAAUAUCAACGAUCUACAGAUCUAUUACUUUCUAAGAUUCCAUUCUCACGUUUGGUGAAGGAAGUGGCAGAUUCAUUUACUUUUGAAAAUGAAGAUCUUCAUUGGAAUUCGAUGGCUAUCCUAGCAUUGCAAGAAGCCAGUGAAGCGUAUCUUGUUGGGUUAUUAGAGCAUGCGAAUUUAUUGGCGAUUCAUGCUAAGAGGGUGACGAUCAUGAAAAAGGAUAUUCAAUUGGCUAGAAGAAUACGUGGUCAAUUCAUAUAG